GCUAGAGACUCUUUUCCAGCUCCAGCUGCCAUCCUACUCCUGCUCCUCCCCCUCCUCCUUCUCCUCCUCCUCCUCCUCCUCCUCCUAUUCCACCAGAACCACUUCUCUUUCUCAUCCCAUCCAGAGCAUUUUGGAGAUGUGAGGAAUAGGAAGAGAUUGGUGAUAUUGAGCAGCCUGUGCAUUGACACGACCUCUCGACCUCAUCUUCAGCAUGAAUGGUGAUAUGCCUCAUGUCCCCAUCACUACUCUUGCUGGAAUUGCUAGCCUGACAGACUUGUUGAACCAGCUUCCCUUGCCUUCUCCUCUCCCUGCCACCACUGCUAAGAGUCUGCUCUACAAUGGAAGGAUCUCUGAAGAGGUCAGCAGCCUGCUGGUGUGUCGGGAUGAGAACCUGGUGACUCAGCUGGCACAAAGUCUUAACCAAGUCUCCACUGAACACAUAGAGUUGAAGGACAACUUGGGGAAUGAUGAACCCGAGGGUGACAUGCCAAUGCUUCUACAAACUUUGCUGUCCAGGAACCCCAAAAUCUUCAGGGACAAAAGUGUAAUGCAGCAGCCACUGAUGCAACAGUAUAAGAUAUCCCAGAAUCAGGUGCAUGGGAGUCCAGCAUCAAAUUAUCAGCAAACCACUGUCCCUCAAAGCCCCUCUGGAUGUUUUGCAUCCCGACAGUCUGGGUCAGCUACACGGUUCGUACCCCAGCAGAACAGCCCUAUACCUAGUCCCUAUACUCCUCAGAGCCCUGCAGACUACAUGCAGUACAAUCCACCCAGUUAUUCCCAACACCAACAGACUCAGCAAGUUUCUGGUGGUGUGAGAAACAGCCAUGACAACAAGGUCUCUGGACAACUAUCAAGUAAUUCAUCUAAUCAUAAUGCCAGAUUAGGCUCAGAUGAAGAAUACAUGAACGUGGCUCACAGAUUGAGAAAUGAGGAGAAUGAGCCCUCCAUGAGGGUUGCCGCAUUUCCAGUUAAAUCACCACAGUCUGUGUGUUCUCCUGCUGGGAGUGAAGAGACUAUAGAAAGGUCCAGGCUUCCUCUUAUCAGGCAGUCACCUCUACCUGGUGUGCCACCAAGUGCAGCACCUGACCUGCUCCUCACCUCUGCUGACCAGAAAAAGAAGCAGAGAGAAAGUAGUAAAGAGGAAAAUGACCAGAUGGACCAAAAUACCUUGUACGACAUUGUUAGUUCUCCAUCAAAAGACUCUGCAAGGCUGACUUUAAAACUGUCCAGAGUGAAGAUGCCAGACAUGGAUGAAGCUGGAGAACUUCCUCCCAGGGCACAUAUGGACUCAGACCAUGAAACUGAUUUGAUGAAUAAUAAUCAGUUGUCAAGGGAUGCCCAGGACUUGCCACACAGGUUUAGUGCUGAGGAGCAGGUAAACUGUCAGCAGCUUCCCAUUCGGCCAAAUACCAAGGAGGUCGGAGUCAUCAGUGGGGUUGUGUAUGAGGAUGCUGAGAUAGAUGCACUUGCAGAGAUGGACAGAAUAGAACGUGAGUCAGCCAGUGAGAGAGAACGGUCGUCUAAAGAAGUCCAAGAUAAAGACAAGCCACUGAAGAAACGGAAGCAAGACUCGUAUCCUCAGGAAUCUGGAGCCGAUGCAAGUGACUGGCCUGCUGUACAAGGGGGCCACACGGGCAGCAAGAUGACACCCAAGAAGACAAGUGCUGCAAGUAACGGUGCCAGUCGGCCAGCUCUGAUGGUCAGUAUUGAUCUGCAGCAAGCGGGCAGAGUGAUUGGACAGCCUGUAGUGGUAUUGGAAGCACAGAAGUUGUGUGAGGACCACGUACAGCAUUUAAAGUCAAAGUCGGAUGCAAAGGUAGACAAAGUUGUUGAAAACAAACCAGGGAUAAACAAGCAGCGUUCGGACUAUCCCAGAAAGUCUGGCUCAGAUGAGCAACAAGAAACCCCUAAACAGAAACAGGAAAGCCGGCGGGACUCCAAACACAGGCAUGAAAGCAAAAUGGACAGUGCCAAGGGACACUCGGAUGACCGACGUCCAGACACACCACGGCAGAAACAUGACAAGCAUUCGGACUCGCGCCACAAAGAGGAUAAGAACCACAACAGUCACCGAACCCAUGUCAGCCAACCUGAGACUCCAAAAACCAUGAGCAAGGCGGAGCGCAACUCCAGACAUGCAGAAGACAAAGCCAAGGUUAGAGAAAAGGAUAAGGACAGAGACAGAGAUAAAGACAGAGAUAAAGAUAAAGAUAAAGUCAAAAAUAGAGAUAAAGAUAGAGAUAAAGACAGAGAUAGAGAGAGAGAUAGAGAUAUAGUUAGAGACAAAGAUAAAGACAGAGAUAGAGACAAAGAUAGAGACAAAGAUAGAGAUACAAAUAGAGACAAAGAUAGAGACAGAGAUAGAGAUACAAAUAGAGACAAAGAGAAAGAAACAAAUAGAGACAAAGAGAGAGAUACAAAUAGAGACAGAGAGAGAGAUAGAGACAAAGAUAGGAACAGAGACAGGGACAGAGACAGGGACAAGGAAAAGAAACACAAGACAUUAUCAAGGGAAAACUGCAACCGGCACUCUCCUGAUCGUCAUACUAAAUCUGACAGCAUGACAGUGAAGCAAGAUGGGAGCAGGAAAUCCACUGACCUCAAUGGUCGUCAGAGGACAGACAGUUCCACCCUUCAAAACCCCCAAAAUAAGAAAGAGAAGAAAGGUCUGGAUGGAAGCAUUAGAUGCCAGUCUGGUAACAAACAGCAGUCUUCCCAAGCAGCAGAGUCAAAACCUAGCGAGUUCCCCUCAUACCUGCUGGGUGGCAAGACAGGGAGUCUGAAGAACUUUGUAAUCCCAAAAUUGAAACGGGAUGGGAAAGAAAAAGAACCACAAGUUUCAAGCAAAUUGAUACAGGGCUGGAGUGAACCCCUGGUCAGACUGGAGAGAGUGUCACUGAUAGAGAACUUAAACAAAGGAGCUAAGCCUGUCGUUGUGCUUCAGAAACUCAGUGUUGAUGAGGUAAAAAGGAUCAUUAAGGAAAGCAGGAAUACAAACAGCUCCAGAUACUCCUCCUUUGAUAAAUCAGGAAGAGACAUGUCAUUUUGUGAGAAGACAAACAAGCGAAGGCACUCUAUGAUCAGUAAGAAAUCCAAGUACGCUGAGGUGGACUCAGAUGAUGAUGAUGGCUCUGAUACUGACAAUAAGUCUGCAAGGAAAAAGUCCAAGAAAGACCAUGAAAAGUCAUGGAAGUCUGAAGACAGGAAAGGUUCUGGAGAGCACAGUCGAAGUGGUGGUUUUCAUAAUGCUCGCAAGGGGUCUGGUAGCCGUCAUCGUGAACGGAACCCAGAUGAAUUGAAUGAAGACUCUCCACCACCAAGCCUAAGUGAUGUUGCCAGAAAAUUGAAGAAAAAGGAAAAACAGAAAAACAGGAAGGCAUACGAUUCCAAGCUGACACCAGAGGAUAUGAUGGACUCCUCCACAUUUAAGAGAUUCACAGCCAAUAUGGAUAGCAUUCUUGAUAACCUUGAGGAUGUGGAACUUGCUGGCACAGAUGAUGAUGACAUACCUCAAGAGCUCUUGCUCGGAAAGCACCAGUUGAGUGAGCUAGGCAGUGAUUCUGCUAAGAUUAAAGCUAUGGGCGCCUUUAACAAGCUUUCAUCUGGAAAACUGGUGAAAAUUUUGAAUAUCCUGGAGAAGAACAUUCAGGACAGCGUCAAACUUUCCACAUUAAUGAAUCAUGAUAAUGAUUCCAUGGAUGAGGAGCGGUUGUGGCGUGACCUUAUCAUUGAGCGGGUGACUAAGUCUGCUGAUGCCUGUCUGACUGCACUCAACAUUAUGACAUCUCCACACAUGCCCAAGGCUGUGUACAUAGAGGACGUGAUUGAGCGGGUGUUGCAGUACACCAAGUUCCAUCUGCAAAACUCUGUUUACCCUCAGUAUGACCCGGCUUACAGAGUGGAUCCCCACGGAGGUGGUGGGCAUACCUCAAAGUCCAAGAAAGCAAAGUGUUCCACCCAUAAACAGAAGGUGGUAGUCAAGCUCUACAACAAAGUGUGUGAUAUUGUUAGCAGCAUCUCAGAGCUUCUGGAGAUCCAGCUGCUAACUGACACCACAAUUCUCCAGGUGUCCACUCUGGGUAUUACACCGUUUUUCGUGGAGAAUGUCAAUGAACUGCAGUUAUGUGCCAUCACACUAGUGACAGCAGUCUUCUCUCGUUAUGAGAAGCACAGGCAGCUCAUUCUUGAAGAGAUCUUCACCUCUCUCGCUAGACUGCCUACUAGUAAACGCAGCCUCAGGAACUUUAGGCUAAACAACAGUGAUUCAGAAGGAGAGCCCCUGUAUAUCCAGAUGGUCACAGCCCUGGUUCUACAGCUCAUCCAGUGUGUGGUGCACCUUCCCUCUGAGAGAGAUACAGAGGAUGAACAUCACAAGAAGGUGGAUAAAGAUGUCUUUAUCACAAACUCUUAUGAAACCGCCAUGAGGACAGCUCAGAACUUCCUAUCUGUGUUUCUCAAGAAGUGUGGCAGCAAGCAGGGAGAGGAUGACUACAGGCCGCUGUUUGAGAACUUUGUUCAUGACCUCCUGUCUACAAUCAACAAGCCUGAGUGGCCUGCAGCUGAAUUGCUGCUCAGUUUACUGGGUCGACUUUUGGUGCAUCAGUUCAGUAACAAGCAGACAGAAAUGGCACUCAGGGUAGCGUCGCUAGACUACCUCGGCACUGUUGCUUCUCGCCUGCGUAAAGAUUCUGUCAGUAGCAAGAUGGAUCAAAAGGCCAUUGACCGCAUCCUCAGAGAGACUCCAGGCAGUGAUGAGAUCCAGCAACUUCAGAAGGACUUACUAGACUACCUAGAUGAGAACAGUGACACAAAAACAUCUCUUGUGUUUGCCCGGAAAUUUUACAUUGCUCAGUGGUACAGGGACACAACAAGCGAGGCAGAGAAAGCGAUUAAGUCUCAAAAUGAAAAUGACGAGGACUCCAAAGGUUUCUGUCUCUCCAAGAAUGUUGACUCAACUGGGGAGAUUAUGCAGAGAGCCGAGGCACGAAAAAAAUUCCUUCGCAAGGUCAUCAAGACUUCAACAUCACAUUCCAGUUCUCUGAGGAUAAACACAGUAGACUAUGAGGACUCCUGUCUGAUUGUCAGAUAUCUGGCCUCUAUGAGGCCGUUUGCACAGAGCUUUGAUAUUUAUUUAUCACAGAUUCUGAGGGUACUGGGUGAGAGUGCUAUUGCAGUCAGAACUAAAGCCAUGAAGUGUCUGUCUGAAGUAGUGGCUGUGGAUCCAAGUAUUUUGGCACGGUUGGAUAUGCAGCGUGGGGUUCAUUGUCGCCUCAUGGACAACUCCACCAGUGUGCGAGAGGCAGCUGUGGAGCUCCUGGGCCGUUUCGUGCUAAGUCGACCUCAGCUCAUUGAGCAGUAUUAUGACAUGCUCAUUGAAAGGAUAUUGGACACCGGUAUCAGUGUAAGGAAGAGAGUCAUUAAGAUCCUAAGGGAUAUUUGCCUGGAGCAACCAGACUUCCACAAGAUCACUGAGAUGUGUGUGAAGAUGAUCCGCAGGGUCAAUGAUGAGGAGGGGAUCAAGAAAUUGGUGAAUGAGACGUUCCAGAAACUCUGGUUCACCCCUACGCCCAGCCAUGACAAAGAUGCCAUGACCAGAAAGAUCCUGAACAUCACAGAUGUGGUGUCAGCAUGUAAAGAUUCAGGCUAUGACUGGUUUGAGCAGCUUCUCCAAAAUCUACUGAAGUCCGAAGAAAACGCUUCUUACAAACCUGCUAAGAAGGCCUGUGUUCAGUUGGUGGACAAUCUUGUGGAACACAUACUGAAAUAUGAGGAGUCUCUUGCAGACUGUGAGGACAAAGGGGUCAACUCAGGUCGUCUGGUAGCAUGCAUCACCACUCUCUACCUGUUUAGCAAGAUCCGAGCACAGUUAAUGGUCAAACAUGCCAUGACCAUGCAGCCUUACCUGACCACUAAGUGCAAUACGCAGAAUGACUUCAUGGUGAUAUGCAACGUGGCCAAGAUCUUGGAGCUGGUCGUGCCUCUGAUGGAGCUCCCAAGUGAGACUUUCCUCACAACCAUAGAAGAAGACCUGAUGAAGCUCAUCAUCAAAUAUGGCAUGACGGUUGUACAACACUGUGUGAGCUGUCUUGGUGCUGUUGUGAACAAGGUCACACACAACUACAAGUUUGUUUGGGCUUGUUUUAAUCGUUACUAUGGAGCUCUGGCAAAACUGAAGACACAGCACCAAGAGGACCCUAACAGCUCCACUCUGGCGACUAACAAACCUACUCUCCUGCGUUCACUGUUUACUGUGGGGGCUCUCUGUCGACACUUUGAUUUUGACCAAGAGGAGUUCAAGGGUACCAGCAAGAUUGUCAUCAAGGACAAAGUGUUGGAGCUUCUGCUCUACUUCACUACUCAUGAAGAUGAAGAGGUCCAGAUCAAGGCCAUCAUAGGUCUAGGUUUCCAGUUCAUCAUGCACCCAGAGCUCAUGUUCGUGCAGGAUGUGAAGGUUCUGUAUAACAAUACUCUCUCAGAUGAGAACAGUUUGGUCAGUCUGAAGAUCCAGGUGCUAAAAAACCUGCAGACAUACCUGCAGGAGGAGGACUCUCGAAUGCAGGAGGCUGAUCGCGAAUGGAAGAACCAAGCCAAGCAGGAGGAUCUGAAGGAAAUGGGGGACAUCUCAUCAGGCAUGAGCAGCUCCAUAAUGCAGAUUUACCUGAAGCAGGUGCUGGAGUCCUUCUUCCACUCACAGUCCACUGUUCGGCACUUUGCCCUGAGUGUCAUUACACUGACUCUCAACCAGGGCCUCAUCCAUCCUGUACAGUGUGUGCCCUACUUGAUUGCCAUGGGAACAGACCCUGAGCCAACGAUGAAGAACAAGGCUGAUCAGCAGCUGGUGGAGAUUGACAAGAAAUAUUCAGGAUUCAUCCAUAUGAAGGCAGUCGCGGGGUUGAAGAUGUCUUACCAGGUGCAGCAGGCCAUAAAGGGAUCGAAAGACACAGCGGUCCGGGGUUUUCGUCACGAUGACUCAGACUCUGCUCUCUGCUCUCAUCUCUACACCAUGGUCCGUGGGAACCGACAACAUAGAAGGGCUUUCCUCAUUUCUCUGCUCAACCUGUUUGAUGACAGCUCUAAAACAGAGGUGAACAUGCUGCUGUUCAUAGCAGACAACUUGGCCUGCUUCCCCUACCAGACCCAGGAGGAGCCUCUUUUCAUCAUGCACCAUAUAGACAUUACUCUGUCUGUCUCUGGUAGCAACCUUCUCCAGUCUUUCAAGGAGUCUUUACGGAAAGAGCCUGUACCGCAGGAAAAGAAGAUGAAGAUAAAAAAGAAGAAGAAGAAGAAGAAGCAGUCUAGGAGGAGGAAAUAUAGCUCUGAUGAUGAUGAUGACGACGAUGAAGACGAGGACGAAGAGCAGAGCAGUAGCAGCUCUAGCAGCAGUGACGAGGAUGAUGAGGUGGCCCACAGGCGGAAGAAAUCUGUGGUUUCUGAUUCUGACUCUGACAUGGAAGAUGAAGAUGCAGUGAUGGAGCGUCUGCCUGAAAACCCCAGCCCUCUGCUGGACUUUGCCAGUGCUUCACAGGGUAUUCUGAUGCUGCUGGUGCUCAAACAGCACCUGAAGAAUCUCUUUGGCUUUUCAGACAGCAAAAUCCAGAAGUAUUCACCGACGGAGUCUGCAAAAGUGUACGACAAGGCUGUGAACAGGAAAUCUAAGGUGCACUUCAACCCUCGUCAGACACUGGACUACCUGAAGAGGGAUCUAGCCAACACAGAUCUCAGCUAUGAGACCAAGAGGAAUAUUGUGAAACAGUAUUUGGAUUUCAAGGUACUGAUGGAUCACUUGGAUCGUGACGAAGAGGACGAGGAGGGUGAAGCAAGUGCCAAUGCCAGAAACAAAGCCAUUACUUCACUGUUGAGGGGCCCAAAACCCCAGAACCACAAUCACAAUAAUCACACUGCUCCAGUGGAGACAGAUGAUGAGGAAAGUGAGGAUGACGAUCCACCUGCACGCAAACCAAGGAAAGGCAGGGAUUCCGUAGAGGAUUCAGGUCACAUGAAUGAGAAGGUGGAGGCCAUGGACGUCAUUGCCAUCUGCUGUCCCAAAUACAAAGACAGACCACAGAUUGCCAGGGUCAUCCAGAAGACCAAAACUGGCUACAGUAUACACUGGAUGACUGGGUCUUAUUCCGGGCCCUGGGUUGUGGCAAAGAAACGGGACGGUCGCAAAAAGGUGCCUUGGGUUGACACUAUCAAGGAGUCAGACAUUAUUUAUAAGAAAAUCUCCUUGACAAGUGGACACAAGCUUACGAACAAAGUGGCACAGACGUUAAGGGUGCUAUACGCUGCCAAGGAGGGGACUAAGAGUUAAUCAACUGAAAUUACUCAGAAACCCCUCACAGCCCAAAUCCUUUUGGAUCCAAUAUGUUAAAACAGAGAGAGGACGAAACCUCUUUAGAUUUAAGGACCUGAUGGAAGACAAGCAUUGUGAACACUGAUCUGUGUGAAUACAGAGAUGUUUAAGUUAAUCACAAGAAAAACACAAGAAGGAAAUGUUUGGGAAAACAUUGUGUGGGAGUUCCUUCGCUGUUGUGCAGCAACUUGGUUGUUUGAUUUUUACUCCCACUGUAUCAUAGUUUAACACAUGUUUAUAUCUGAACAUAAUUCUGUAAAAAAAAAAUUAAACUGAAUGUUGGAAAUUAGUGUAUUGAUGAUGUUCUUAAUAAAGUGUUUUUUGGAGUUUAAACUAGCACCAGAUGGAUUUAUUCACUUGACCUGAGCGCCGACAACUUUUAAUUGCUUUCAUUCUUCUUGUUUUUAAACAUUUUAUUGUUUAACCACACUGUGUAUAUCUUUGAUAUAAUUUAUUUAUGUUAAAAGCAGUGCAGUAUCUGUGCCUAUAUGCAGGGGAAGUUAUAUUGUUUUUAAUAUAGAUUUUGAUGUUAUAGAACAAAGAGCAAAAAAAGUGAGCCCCUGCUCUUCUGGUGAAACAAAUACUGCAAUAAAACUUUCUUAUGUCCUUGG